AUGCCUCCUAUGGAUCCUUCGUUGGACGAAUAUGCUGAGGAUAGAGAGGACGAUAACGGCAUUGCGAUUGGCCAAACCAUCUUUACGAUGGGUGACAAAAGGAAUAACGAUGUAUGGGAUGAUACCGAGUUGAUUGAAUGUUGGGAUCAAGCCAUGCGUGAAUACAGAGAGUAUCACAGCCAAGCAGCGAACGAGACCCCACCUUUUGGCUCUCAGUCCAAAUCACAGACUAAGAAACCGCAUUUGGAAAAUGCAAAGCGACGCGCGAAUAGUGAACAGUCUGCUUCGGUUUCGAAAAAGAGCAAGCGAUCGAACAAAAGCAAGGCUUCUGUUAUUCAUUCCUCCGACCCACUGUUGCAGGAAGCUGACGAUCAAACCGCUGACUAUGCCGACCCCUCGAGUGCCUCUUAUCUGACGUACGAUCACAGUUAUCCCUCAAACGCCGCGCCAGUUCCUCCUCCACCCAACCCUCCUCCGUCAUUCCCUUCAUCAUCCUCGCAUGCCAAUCCUAUGCAAACGGAUAUUAUACAGGAUAUUAUCAAGCAAUGCAACGCCGAUCAUGAAUAUGAUACCGUUGGUCUGUUCCAUUCACUGAAAAACAACCGUGUUUUAUUAACCAAGAUGUCCAAUUCUCGGCAAAUGGAUAUUAUUCUCUUCAAAUGUUGCCGUUCAUACAAGCAAUACAACAAAUUUUGA